UGAGAUUACCAUAGUAAACUCCAGACUACAGUACAUCGACGAAAGAACUUUCUCAGACCUCAGAAGCCUCCGGAAAUUGACUAUCCAUGGAACAGAUCUCAGAUACUUUCCCGACAUCUCCAACUGUACGGCUCUUCAAAAACUAGACCUGAGUUACAACAACAUUGCCUUCCCUGUUGGCGUGGAUCCAAAACUACAGUUUUCAGACACGCUUACACAUGUGAGCCUUAUGGAAAACAACAUCAGCUGGGUUCCCCGUGGACUCUUCUCCGGAACCAAGAUUCGCUACUUGGGCCUCAGUGUGAACAAGAUAAAACAGUUCCCGUCAAACGCACUGGAAAAUAUGGCUGACCUGGAGUUCUUAUCUCUGGACCAAAACAAGCUAACUUCAUUGUCAAGGAUAACGUUGGACACGCUUGCCGUGUCUAAUAUCAUGCAUCUCAAUUUCAGCAACAACGAGAUCAGUUACAUCGGAGCAAAGGCAUUUCUUCAGCUGACAAAUCUAAAGAUCCUGGAACUGCAUCGGAACCUGAUGACGACCAUUGGAUGGAACACCUUCGACAACUACCACAGUUUACUUCACUUAGAUUUAAACUACAACAAGCUGAAGAAGCUGCCAAGUCGCUCCUUCACCAACUUGGGCGAGCUGAGGACAUUGAUCCUACACAGUCAACAGGUACCAGAUGCCAUGCAAGCAAUCAUGUUUGACGCCUUUUACAACCUCACUCAACUGACGACAUUGUUUAUCAGCAACAAUAGCUUCACAACGUUUCCACACCCUGCAUUUUCUGAGGAGGACUGGCCAAAUCUGCGAUUCCUGCACGCAGACCACAACAAAAUCGUCAAUGUGACUGAGUACUCCAACAAUGCCUUCGAGGGUGUGUACUUGUCUCUUUAUGCGGCCAGGAGAAUUCAACACGAGGGUCAACCGUUUUCAAAGCUAUCGUCUGUACAGACCUUAUGGCUCCACGACAAUCAGAUCGCUUCUAUUCGUAAGGAUGACUUGUGUCAUCUGACGAGCCUGACAACUCUUGAGCUUGGUACCAAUACAUUGGACGAGACAACGCUACAGUCUGGUGCAUUCCGGUGUCUUGGGAAUCUACAAAACCUCCGUCUCGGCAGUAACCGUAUCCAGUACCUACCAGUGUCUAAGUACGAUGACGUAUAUCCACCAGUAGUCCGGGAAUUGAUCAUAAGCUCCAACCGACUUACUUUCCUGCUAGAGGGGACCUUCAGUAACCUAACAUCCUUGCAAAAUUUAUUCCUGGAUUCAAAUAGAAUCAUCACAAUUGAGGAUGGAACAUUCCCAGACGAGAUUAGGAUCAUAAACCUCCAGAACAAUAGAUACUUCGACUUCCGUCAUCAGAAUCCGUUCAGCAACCUGACACGACUGCUGGGUAUUGUUCUGGAUGGCAACGCGAUUACAGAAAUCCCAGAAACUGCAUUUUACGGGCUCGGAAAUCUAUUUGGACUGAGCCUUAGUAACAACAAAUUAGGUUGGAUACGAAAGGAUGCUUUCAAAGACUUUGUCUUCCUACAGACACUAAAUCUCGACAACAACGAGAUUGGAUAUGUGGAGGAAGGGACCUUGGACCAGCUGCCAGACAUCAGACAUGUGCAACUGAAUCACAACGAUCUGACAUCUCUAUCAAAUACCGGGGAUUUCUACAAUAUCUCUGGCAAUGACCUGACCUUCCAAAACAACAGAAUAACUGCAAUCCGCAACCACACUUUUAAGGCAAUAAGUGUAGAUAUCCUGAAUCUGGAAAGCAACUCUAUUUCCAUCAUAGAGCGCUACGCCUUCGACUACGUUGCAACAUCGAAGAUAGAUCUGGAUAACAACCCUACAAAGUUGGUGGAGUCGUAUGCAUUCAACGAAGUACGGUGUGUGGCGAAUGAAGGAUUGACAUUCAAGAAUGCUGAAUUCGAGUUGCUGAAUUCUUACGUAUUCAACGACGUUCAUGCCAGAUAUCUCUACCUUGAUGGAGGAGCAAUCACCGACAUCGCUCCCUACGCUUUCUAUAAAGUCAACGUUGACUAUACACUAUCUCUGUCGGGGAAUAUGAUUGAGAUGUUGGAGUCGACCACAUUCAACAACCUCGCAAGUCUUGAAAAACUUGACCUAUCCAACAACAGAAUCCAGUUCUUAGCAGACGGUGUAUUCAACGGCAUCAUGAACAACGCACGAAUCGAGAUUGACCUGAGUGGCAACCCUCUAGCCUGUAGCUGUUCCAUGGUUACUAUGAUGGCGAACCUAUGGAACCUCACUACCAUAACGGGAGGGGAGUGCGCUACCCCUGCCCAGGCAGCUGGCGUAUCCUUCAUCUCAUCACAAAGAAAUGCCAGCAAUAACUACUUCCUAUCCGUGUGCCCUGAGACUUUCGUUUGUGCACCGGAGAAUGUGCAACCGGCAGCCUCAGGACAGAAUGAGAUCACAGUCUCCUGGACACCCCCAACCAUCCCGUACCCCUCUCACCCUGAAUUCGACAAGUAUACAUCAGGAUGUAGUCCUAGAGACAACGUGACCGACAGAAGCUUCUGGACGUAUGAUGUGAACUGCACCAGUAGCGAUGCACCAGACAUCGCCGUAGAUGGUGUCACGAACUCGUCAGUCGUGUUCGGAGCUGCAGACGAUGUCAGAGCCGGUACAGACUACGUGUGUACGGUGAUCCUGAACAACAACGGCAGCUACAGCGCAGUGGGGUGGCCGGAACCUGUCACAACUCUAGAGGACCUAGUGUCCGUUAACGGGACGGCGUCAAAUGUAACAGAUGACCUAGACCUGCCCAUCACGUACUAUGACUUCAGCGUGAACCACCCAGACUUCGACGGCACCAGACAGGGGGAACUGGGAGAACCGAUUUACGUCAACAGUCCUUUUGGGGCAUUUUUGGCCCUUUCGGACACCCCCGCUACAGACUCCAUCUCUCAGUGGUUCGCGUCUGUCCCUAACGUCAACUACGUUCGACAAGCGACGCUGAGGCUGGACAAGCAGAACGCCACAGAUACCUACAGAUAUUACAGCGACAGCUUCUUUCCCAUGGACGGGCUGGGAUACAGGUCGGAACAACAGAGAGACUGCAACAAUAUACUCCACAACUUUGGAUUUACCCUGGCUAUUCGUGUGGCCAUCACUUAUACCGGGAACGAGAUCAUCACCGUCGGCGGUGGGGACGAGCUCUGGUUGUUUGUUGACAAACAGAAAGUUGUUGACCUACGGCGACAGAAGGGUGACGGUUCUACAAACACCGCGUGUAGGAAAAUCAGUCUACUUCCGGCUAAGGAAGAUGGUGGAGGGAGUAUUGUGCCUGUUUCCGGGAAUGUCACAGGGGGAGAAUGUGUUCCAGGAAAUAGUGCAUCGAACGAUACCGUGGCAUUGGACUUGACGGUUGGAGAAACUUACCACUUUGUCCUGUUCGUGGCUGAGCGGGAACAGUGCGUGUCCUCCCUGUUCCUGGAGAUUUCCGGGACGACCUUCUCGUCACAGGUGAUUGGCAGUUCUGCAGACGGUGGGAGCAGGAGGAGACGUUCUGCCGACGUCAGCGGAUACCCUCUGGACUACGAGGUGACCGUACGGGAGGACCUGCAUGUGAACGGCACCGUGCAGACGGUAGUUGUGACCGACAUUUUCUCUACAGGGCCAUUCUACAAUGUGUCCAUUCUAAAAGGAAAUGAAGCUCGCCAUUUUACGAUCAAAGAAGACACCCCCGCUAACCGUCUGGCGGCCGUCCCGCCGUCCCCCGCGCCCCUGUCCUGGGUGACAGUAGAGGGGCUGUCGUUUGUCACCUGUGAUACCGAGACACCGACCCCGGCACCCGACCCCAACAUACCAGGUACGGAAUCAUUCGAAGUGACCACAACAACUGUCUUGUUGAGUAUUGAUACUGAAGUGGAUUAUGAGGUUGCCCAGGAAUAUACACUGAUACUAGAGGUACAGGAUGACGGCGCCUCACCACCAAGGACAGGGACAGUGGCUAUCAAGAUCUAUAUAGAAGACGUAAACGACAACUGUCCCACACUAGAGGAGACGAUGUUCACCCUUCAUCCUCAGCCUGUGCUCAGACUGACGCCCGUGUUGUCUUUAGUGUGGGAGGACAGAGACAGCGGUGACAACGAGAACACUACAUUCCACAGGACACAGAUCAACCAAACAACUAUUUAUGACAGCAGGAACGACAGCACUCUGUUAGAGUUCUACAUCAUCGUGGUCGACAAAGGGACGCCGCCCCGCGGGGACAUAGCAAUCGUUGCCAUGACGAUAAACGACGCUUGUCUCUAUGACAGUUUGAACCAACCAAUCACGUACGAGAUAAGUGUGAUAAGUGUGGAGGACGACACUGGUGGAGUGUUUGUUAGAGUGCCAAAGUAUUACGUCAAAGAAUUUGAAUGCGGUGAGCCCCUGGGCAUGCAGAGCGCUCUGAUCUUCUUCACACAAAUCACCGCCUCCUCGGCGUAUGAAUACUACCAGCCGCACUACGGCCGGCUGCACAACCGGCCCACAAAUAACGACACCACGGGGGUGUUCGCACAGGGCAACUGGAAGGCAGAGAUUACAGAUGCGAAUCAGUGGCUACAGGUGGGCUUUCUUGAAGAGACUAUCGUCACCGGAGUGAUCUUACAGGGGAGUGCAAAUGAGGAGGCCUGGGUACAGACGUAUUACUUGACAUACCUGAGUACCGGUAACGACACGUGGAAGACAUACAUGGAAGGAGGAGUACGAAGGGAAUUCACCGGAAACACAGACGCCUCCUCAACUGUGCAACAAGAUCUUACCGACCCCAUCACGGUAACUAACAUCCGGAUCCAUCCGCUGGCGUGGCGGGAAAGCAUCAGCAUGAGGAUGGAGCUGAUUGGCUGUACUGUGGAACUGCAAUAUAUCCGUAACACCCGUUGUGAACGCUGCCCUACUACCUACUACUGCCUGGGUGACGGGAUGGCCAGACCGUGCGGACGGUGUGACCCUCCCUCCCCGGCCUGCGACCGUUCCCCUACCGAGCACUCGUUCGGUGGCGCCUCGGAGUGUAGCCCGUGUCCACCCGGUAGGAUUUGUCAGGACGGUUAUGCAUUCAACUGUUCCAGGUACCAGUAUGCAGACCCGUGUAACGACACUUACUGCCCUCCGAGUUGUACAGACUGUGAAACUGGGUACGCCUGUCUGUUCGGGAGGAAGACAUUGUGUCGGGCAGGGCUGUUUGGAACAGGAGUCACAGACUUCUGCCAGCCGUGUGCGCCCGGGUCCUACAACAACCAGUCGGGCUCGGCGGGAUGUGACUGCUGCCCGGCAGGGUUCUACAGCACCAGCGGCAAGACUGAGUGUGAACCCUGCCAUCCCUUCACCUGGUCCCGGGGAGACUGCACGCCGUGUGUGGGCUGCAAACCGGGCGAAUGCCCUUGCAUGGAUCGUGAACCUUGUUAUGAAGGAGUGACCUGUCAGAACAUCGACAGCGCCACCUUCCGGUGUGGGCCCUGUCCUGCAGGCCUCAGCGGGGACGGCGUCACCUGUGUGGACAUAGAUGAGUGCUCCUUGGCAAGCCCGUGUUUCGCCAACGCCACAUGUGAAAACUCGAACCCUGGGUACGAGUGCGGAAAAUGCCCAGUAGGCUACACGGGGGAGAGUUCCCAUGGAUACGGACUGGAGCAUGCGCAGAACAACCCGCAGGUUUGCUUGGACAUUGACGAAUGUGACGUAGACAACGGUGGAUGUCACGAGUUUGCCGAGUGUAUCAACACACCGGGAAGCUACAGGUGUGGCAACUGUGUGGAAGGUUACAUCAGUGACAUCUACCUGGGCUGCAUCCCGGAAGACUUGUGUCAGCUCGGCAGGCACAACUGUAGCAGCAACGCCACCUGUCUGUCUCUGGGGAACGGCAAGUUUAGAUGCGAAUGUGAGACCGGACAGGGCGGGGAUGGAUACCGGUGUAGCAGGGACACUGACCAGGACGGCUGGCCGGACGAACCGCUGUCAUGUCUCACUAGGAACUGUGCACAGGACAAUUGUCCCCUGGACCCAAACAGCGGGCAGGAGGACAAUGACGGGGACACCAUGGGUGACGUGUGUGAUCCUGAUGACGACAACGACGGGCGGAUGGAUACUGAGGACAACUGCAUCUUUGUCCACAACUGGGACCAAGUAGAUGCAGACGGUGACGGUUACGGUGACGCAUGUGACACGUGUCCCGGCUUAGCCAAUCAGGAUCAAACUGAUACAGACGGUGAUGGUGUUGGAGAUGCCUGUGACAAUGAUGAUGAUGGCGAUGGUUUUGAUGACGCCAUCGAUGUGUGUCCCUACGUGAACGACACGCAGGCUGACGCAGACGGGGACGGUGUGGGGGACGCCUGUGAUAACUGCCCUACCGUCCACAACCCCAGUCAGGCAGAUGCCGACAUGGACGGGUACGGGGACGUCUGCGACGUGAGCGACAAAGAUGGCGACGGUGUUGUCAACACUGUUGAUAACUGUCCAGAUAUCACCAACCCUGAACAGACGGACACAGACGGUGAUGGAACAGGUGACGCAUGUGAUGACGACAUUGAUAAUGACGUCAUGCCGAAUAACCAGGACAACUGUCCCUAUGUCUCAAACCCUGGCUGGGAGGAUACAGAUGGUAACCAUGUUGGUGACGCCUGUGAAUACGACUAUGAUGGUGACGGUGUCCCGGAUGUUGAUGACAUCUGUCCCAAGCUCGCUAACUAUCACGUGACUAGCUUCACCAAUCACGUCUCCGUAAACCUUGCUGGUGGGACCGCACCGGAUUGGGAAAUAACAGACAGCGGAAGAAAUAUUCGUCAACUCAGUGGCACAGACAGCCCUAUACUAUUAAUUGGUAGGGACAGUUUUGGGCCUGUAAACUUCACGGGAACCAUGUUCAUCGCCGAGGACUCUGGGAACGACUUCAUAGGCUUCGUGUUUGGCUAUCUGAGUAACCGGAAGUUCUACGUCGCCAUGUGGAAACAUCAGAACGAGAACGAAGAGGGUAGCAUUAGCAUUGGUGGAAUAAAAGGCCUUCAAAUCAAGCUCGUAGAUUCUACAACAGGUCCUCACACAGAUUUAGCAACGGCGCUGUGGCACACUCACGACACAACCAACCAGAUCAAGCUACUGUGGCACGAUCCAGACAUGCGCGGCUGGGAACAUCGCACACCGUACACGUUUCACCUCAUACACCGGCCGUCAAUAGGUCUGAUUAGGGUGACCAUUUCUAACAACAUGGAGGUCCUGACAGACACGGGUAACGUGUACGACACGACCAUCCUGGGGGGUCGGCUGGGGGUGUUCCAGUACAACCAAGCAGGCGUCAUCUGGUCCGACCUCCGCUACACAUGCGGGGAUAGAGAGAAUCAGGCACUGUACUUUGACGGGAUGGACGACUAUGUCGAGCUGCCCUCGAUUAUCACUCUGGAACUACAUGACAGCUUCACAAUAGAAGGUUGGAUCAGGCUGGGUGGGGAGGUGACGACCUCCAAGAUGCCGAUCAUCUGUACCAUGGACAGUAGACUAUGUCUGUUCUUACAAAACAGAUAUCUAAGUGGCCAACUGUGCGAUGACGUCAUCCAAGGUUCCACGGAAUUCCAGGAAAAUACGUGGAGUCACGUGACGAUGCUGUUUGACGCCCAACAGUACAUCCUGUCCCUCUACAUUAACGGUACACAGGAGACGGCACAGUCUGGUAUCAUGCCUAGAGACUGGUCGAACAAUGAUACCAACUUGUACAUCGCAAGGGACGAACAUGACUUCUUCAAUGGAACGUUAGACGAGGUACGUUUAUACGGACUGAAGCUUCUAGAAGAGGAGAUCACAGAAGACCUACAGACAUCAGGCAGGGAGAGGCAGUAUCUUCGCCGCUUUCUUAACGCGCAUUUCAACAUGGAUAGUGAGGGAACAAACGCCACCUCCCUGUUGGACAGUGGUUUGUUCCAGCACCACGGCAGGAUGAUUGGCAGCCCGCUGUUCGUUCCCAGCACAGUGGACCAGGCCAGGUUUCAACUGACUUUUCCUAACGCCAGACGGAGGAGACGGAGGGACCUAACGUACUCAGAGUCACGCCAUUCUGAGUUGUAGACACUUAGAUAUUCUCAGUUCUGUACAUAGAAAAACUCAAUUCAGUUCAACCUAGUUCAUCUAGUUCCUGUGAUCGGAACAUUGGGAAGUUAUAGUACUUCUAUAGACAUAAACAAAACGUAAUCAGACAAAAUGAGUGUUGCAAUAUCAUACGUUUAUCAUAAGUUAUAAAAUAUCAUGCAAUUUUGAGUGUUAUGUUGCAAUAUGUUUACCAUAAGGUAUAUAUCAAAUAUCAUGUUAUUUACAAGAGUUGACUUAACAAAAGUUGACUUGCUAAAUUAACCUAACGGAACAUGCUGCAAAGAUUAUUGUAUCAAAUAUUUUACUUAAGAUAUGACGUUUGUGAGAAUGUACUUGCGUUGUGAAACCUUAAAUCUUUUCCGAAGAGACGUCUAGGGGAAUACUAUGGAACUGCAGUAAGAAAUGCGCAUGGCUUUUGAAGUAAUUACUGGAUCGAAUAGUAUCUUUCUUGCGUUAGUUUAGUUUCUUUUAAGUCUGCUGAGUUACGAUUACAAGACCUAGAAAGCUAGCCAGUGGACCCCUAUAUAUGUUCAAGAUAUAAGAGCUAAGUUUCUGGUUUCAAACCAUGAACUUCUGUCAAAAAACUGAAUAUUCGAUGCAAAUAACAACCUUCAAAGUGCUCUGCGAAUUAAAAUAACAAAAUGACCUCCCCGAAUGAAACAGUUUUGCGCAAAUAAGGGCAGGAAUUAAUUGCUAAACGUACACAAAACAUAACAAACGCCAAGCCCUUACUUUGGUAUCAAAUAUCAUUCUAUAUACGCCAUGAUCAUUAUCUCACCCCACCCUCUUCCCCGAUCAUGACCUCAUUUUAUCCGUCUGCUCCUGCAAAUCUUCCCUCUUAAGCUGCAAAUUAACUGGAUCCGCCCGGAUAUUUCCCGCACAUG